AUGGUUGUAAGAAGAAAGAGAAUAAAGAAAGGGGAGGAAUGCAAGGAGAAUUGGGAUGAAUAUAGCAUUGUUAAUGAAGGUGAUUGGAGUUCUGCAGUGACCAAGAGUAUGAGUGAGCUUGCUUGGAAGUCUUUUGAUGAAGAGGAGAUGAUGCCGAAAGGGGAUUUAGAUACUAAAGGAGUAAUGGAUGAAGUGAAAGAAGCAGAAGAUGGAGAAAGUUUUCAGAAAAGACUUAUAGAUGGAUUGAAGGAGUCUGUAGCUAGGAACAUCAUAAAGGUUGAUAGAGAGGAGGAUCGGUGCAAGAGCAAUGAAGAACCAUUAAAUAUUUCGAAGCAACGAUAUGAAGAGUAUGUAAAAAAGAAGAACGAGCAUAAAGAUAGUUUGUGUUCAAAGACUGAUAGAAUGGACAAGUGCAAUUAUGAGGAAACUUAUACAAGAACCGAAAGUGAUUUGAGAAUGAUCAUCAAGAAUCAGCAAGAGGAACUAAACAAGAGGGAAGCGAUUAUAAAUAGUUUGAAUCGAAAGGUUUCGGAGCUUACCUCAAAUAUGGAGAUUGAGGGAAAGAAAUAUGCCUUACAAUGCAUUUGUAGGGGAGAGGAGUUGCUGAAGGCAAUUGAAAAUGAUAUAGAAUGUGAAAAACAGAUGCUAGUUAAAAGGAUUAAUGAAGGAGUAGAAAAUUCGAAGGUAUUGCAAAAAAAGGUUGAAGAUUUGAAGAAGAUUGUGAAUGAGUUAGUGAAGAAGAUAAAAAAGAAAAGGAAUCUAAGUGAGCAGGAGGAAUGA